AUGCAGAAUGGUCAUCCGAUUGCAUAUGUCAGCCGAACACUAUCUGAGACAGAAACAAGAUAUGCUCAGAUAGAGAAGGAAAUGUUGGCCAUCGUUUAUGCGGUUGAGAAAUUUAACAACUACACGUUUGGCAGAAAAGUUACCGUCUACAGUGAUCAUAAACCUCUAGAAAGUAUUUUGAAGAAACCUCUUCACCGAGCGCCCAAGAGACUGCGGGGUAUGAUGAUCCGUCUCCAGAAGUAUGACAUCGAAGUGAAAUAUGAGAAAGGAAACAACAUGUUCUUUGCCAAUACGUUGGCCACAGCGAGCAUUCCCGAUGAUGGGAAAAGUGGUCCAGAGUUUGAGACUAUCAACAUGAUGAAGUACCUGCCAAUUUCCGACGAACGAUUAAAGGAAAUACAACGAGAAACAAAAAGCGAUGAGUCCCUCCAAGUCUUGACGACAGUGAUUCGGCAAGGGUGGCCAGAGCAAAAAGAAGAUCUGCCAAAUGUUGUGACACCCUACUUCAACAUCCGAGACGAGAUGUCGAUCCAAGAUGGUCUGGUGUUUAGAGGAGAAAGAGUGGUUAUCCCGCAAGCAAUGAGAAGCAAGAUGCUGGGAAAAGUCCACAACUCCCACCUGGGAGUAAAUGGGUGCCUCAAUCGAGCUCGAGAGUGCCUUUACUGGCCCGGCAUGUCCAACAAUAUCAAGAAUCAUGUGUCAACCUGCGAAGCCUGUCUUGAGUAUGAGAGAAGUCAGCCAAAGAAAACUUUAUGUAGUCAUGAAGUGCCAAGUCGACCCUGGCAACGUGUAGGAAUAGACUUAUUUGAACUAGAGAGAAAACACUAUCUAGUUACCGCUGACUAUUUUAGUGAUUUCUUUGAGCUGGAUCACUUGAAGAAUAUUUCCUCAGUACACGUCAUUAGGAAAAUCAAGAGUCAUUUCGCGAGACACGGCAUACCCGAGCAGGUGAUAACGGACAAUGGCCCGCAGUUCGUGGCACACGAUUUCCAGAUAUUUACUAAGGAAUGGGACUUCGAGCACAUCACCUGUAGUCCAUACCACAGUCAAGCAAAUGGUAAAGCCGAAAGUGCUGUAAAAGAAGCUAAGAAAAUCCUAAGAAAGUCGAAGAAAGCAAAGUCAGACGCGUUUUUGGUGGUUCUUGACCAUCGAAAUACUCCCUCCGCGAGCAUGAAGAGCAGUCCAGCCCAGCGUCUGCUGAAUAGGCGGGCGAGAACCUUGUUGCCAACAACAGCGAAGCUGCUGCAACCACAAUCCAUUGACAGCAGUACCACGGUAGAGAAACUAGCGGAACGGAAAAGACAACAAGCCAAGUAUUACAACAGGGGAGCUGUCGAAUUGAACCCUUUGGAUGAAGAAGAUGUGGUUAGGAUAAAACCGUUUCGUUUGGGAAGAAAAGAGUGGGAGAAAAGUGUGGUGCAAAAACGUCUAGAUCAGAGAUCGUAUGAGAUAGAGACGCCACAUGCUAUACUGAGAAGGAAUAGAGUGCAACUAAGAAAAACCAAUGAAGCAUCUCCAGACAUCGAGCAGAGAUCAGCCAUGGAUAACUCAAUACCGCUAGACAUGGGCGGCUCUGGAGAACAAAUGAGCCCUUCUAAAGAAAUGGGCACUACUGAAGCAAGAACAGAAAUGACAUAUUUACCUGCUGCAGAAGAUAACGGUGCUGUACGAAGAUCUGGAAGAGCACGGAAACCUCCGAGCUACCUAAAGGACUUUGUACUGAAAUAG